CCCAGCAAUGAACUAAACUUCUCCCAGCUUCCUUCUGAACUGCUGCAGCAGAUGCUUCUUCACUCCACAGCUAAAAUUAUCUCUGUGGGAGACUCUGUGAAGUGCCUGAGUGACUCAGCCUUACAGGAACUAGCUGAGUACUAUGGGUCCCUGUCUCAGAUAUUAGGAGAGAAGUUGCUUGCUAAGCAUUCGGCCGAGGAGCGCUUGAAGCAGGUCUUGUCCCGUGUGGAAGCUGCUGCUCUGAGGAAACCAAGUCCAGAAGAUUCUGCUCUUCACAGUGAGGACAGCGGCAUAGGUGCAGACAACGAGAGUCAGAAUGGCUUGGAGCAUCUCCGUCGAAACAGAGGGAGCUCUGGGUCAGGAGCAAACACUGGAAUAACUUCUGUCUUGACCACCAGUUGCUCUCCAAAUCAGCCGUUCCUUAACGCCAACGAGGAGGUUACAGAUAAUGACGAUGAUGAGGAGGAGGAGGAGGAGGAGGAUGCAGAACUUGAGAAUGAAGUCAGUGGUAGGUUGACCGACAAGACAAGGGGAACAAUGUGUGGGUCUUCUGAGCCAGACUCUACCCAUCCUCCAGGUCAGGGUAGUCUUCAUAAGCAAGACCAGCUCAAGACCAGAAAAAUCAGACGGCCCAAAACUGCAGACAAUAACUUUCAGGUGAAACUAAAGUACCGGCAUUUAAGGGGACCAAACCGCUCACAAUCUGCCGAGUGUCUGUGUAGCAAAGCCGAAGGAUCAGAUCCUAAUCAGCAAGAAGGAAACCCAAGGAACAAGCAAACACCUCGCUGGAGGAGAAAAAAUAACUUGCCAGAAGAAAUUGUACAUGGGGGUCAUGUUUGGACAAAGAUUAGAAGAAGUUCAUCGGGAGGACAGUGCGCAGCGCGGUACUAUGGCCACCAGUAUGGCAGCAAAGGGCCUUUCAGGGCAAUACCACCAAGCUCUCCUCCAAAGUUUACUCCAGAACCACCUGGGCGAAAUGCUGUCAAGAGGCUUAUUAAUACUUUUAGCCAAGGGGUGGAGGACAAUUCAAGACAAAGAACUUUAGACCAAAAACCAAUAAGAGUCAGGGGCAACAAGAAAUGCACUCUCCCACUGCUGCAGAAUAGCAGAGGAGCUCUUUCCACCAGUGGGGAUAUCAAGAGUAGCAUCCAUCCGCUUGAGCCAAGAUCUGAGCAACUGGAUAUAGACAGACUCCCACCUCCACCCCCAGAGAUGCUCACGGAUAACUCAUUUGAAAGCAGUUUAGGGUUGCCCACUGAGGAGGGGGCUCACGAUGUGCACUGCAGAGGACAAAGACUCUGUACUUCAACACAAAGUACUUCAGCACACACCCUUGACCAGAAUUGUCGCAAAGCUGUUCAUCUGCUUGCGGAAUCUUCUGCCAAAACAGCCCCGGCUAAUGCAGGUUUGCAUGGUUCCACGCCUUAUCAAGAAUGUGAAAACCAUAAUGAGGGCGAGACUGCAAGUAUGCAAACAAAAAGUUUUCCUCCAACAACUUCACCUGUCUCGAGGGCACGGCUUCCACCCUCCUGUCUCACUGUGCACCACACAGUGCCAACUUAUCCAUCCACAACCUGCCCCCCUAGUGGGAAGUGGACUCCAUCCACAGCAUCUGCCACCUCCAGUAUACACAGAUGUGCGAUGGCCAAAGAAAACAGCCUUCCUGCUUCUGGGUCACAAUCAUUUUUUGAAGCUCGGGCCGUGUUCUGUCAGGAAAACAAAUCAUUCCCUCACACAUGGACGCAUUCAUGUACGUCUACUUUACCUCGGCCAUGGGGAGAACCUGCCAGAGGUAGACUGUCAACUACUCGUCUUCAACCUCCUUUUAUGGGACACAGUCCAUCGGGUCAAAGGUCGUCCCAAAGUGAGCAGCCACAGUCAUUGCCUAAUGCCAAAAAACAACAGGGCCAGGACAAUGAUGUCAUGCCUUCGACCAGUAAGGGAGCAAUCACAGCGUCCAUGAGAGCAGGCGGCAGCGGCACACACUCCGAGCCGUCCUCUGCUGAUCUGAACACACACAGCGGGUUUGUGGGUGAGGAGAUUACAGAUUAGCUGGAUUAAGGCCUUUUCUCUCUCCUGAGAGCUCUAACAUACGUAGAUAUACGUGGAAACAUUUCCAGUAAAUAUAAACACCAUGAUGCUUCAAAGAGCUUAGUUUAAAAAAAAAAAAAAAAAAAAAAACCUGUCUCUGUAUAUUUGUUACUGUGUCUCACACUGUCUACCUAAUCUGUUAUUUAAGUUCAUGUUUACUUUUCUAUUCGUAGCAUGAUCAUCCUUUUGGUUUUGAUACGUAACAAAGGAUUAUUAGGUCAUCAAAAAGGAAAGUUUUCUUUUUGUAUCCUGUAAUUGAUUAAUCUGAAACCCAUCUGUCAUGCUCUCAUCCUUAUUUAACCAGAGCCUGUUACUGGUACUACUGGUUAGAAAUAUCUAAUUGUGAAUUAUUAAAAUAUCAUUCCAAAAACUGUCUUUUAUUAUGUCUUAUACAUAAACUUAUGCAUAUUUGUGAAUUUUGUGGUCAAACCCAGGAGAAAAAAAGUGCACUAGCACAAUGUACUUAAAGUGCUCUAUUUUCACACACUAAUUUUGUACUUAAUAUACUAAACAUUAUUCUUUAGUCCUUCUAAAG